AUGCUGACCAGUCCCCCACACCCCAAAGAACCGAAAUAUGUGGAUGGGAAGGACGCGUUUAACCGCCGACCCUCGGUGCGAACGGAACCGCAGCCACCGGGGCGGGUCGGCUGGCUCAGGUGCUCCGAUCACCUGCUGCUUGCGGGAACAGGAAAGCAACAACUGAAGAUCGAGGGGGACUUUUGGUUUACUCAGAUGACAAGAGACAAUUUUGGUUCCCCAAAAGCCAAGGAAACAAAGCUGUCAGGCUUUAAUGGUAGCUUGUCUCCCUCCUGCAGCAUGUUUAUGGGCAAACAAGCUGCAGAUCAGACCAGGCAAACAGCAGCAGUGCCCAUCCCCUCGAAGGCCAAUGGCACCACCAUCUCCACGCUGUCCAUGAACAAAGACGGCCUGAUUGGAGGGGUCACGAACCCCAAUGAGGUUUUCUGCUCCGUGCCUGGGCGCCUCUCUCUCCUCAGCUCCACUUCCAAGUACAAGGUGACGGUUGGGGAGGUGCAGAGGAGGCUCUCGCCCCCCGAGUGUCUCAACGCCUCUCUCCUCGGCGGGGUGCUCCGCAGAGCUAAAUCAAAAAAUGGAGGCCGGUGUUUAAGGGAAAGGUUAGAGAAAAUUGGACUAAAUCUACCUGCAGGAAGGCGCAAAGCUGCCAACGUCACCCUGCUCACAUCCCUUGUGGAAGGUGAAGCUAUUCACCUGGCUCGGGAUUUCGGCUACGUCUGCGAAACCGAGUUUCCGGCCAAGGCGGCGGCAGAGUACCUGUGCCGGCAGCACUCCGACCCCACGGAGCUCCACACCAGGAAAAACAUGCUGCUGGCUACCAAGCAAAUUUGCAAGGAGUUUGCAGACCUGAUAGCCCAGGAUCGCUCUCCGCUGGGGAACAGCCGCCCCUCGCUCAUCCUGGAGCCCGGAGUCCAGAGCUGUUUGACUCAUUUCAGCCUGAUAACCCAUGGCUUCGGGGGUCCGGCCAUCUGUGCCGCCCUCACUGCCUUCCAGAACUACCUGGUAGAGUCCCUCAAAGGGCUGGAUAAAAUAUUCAUGAACAGCACAGGGAACGGGCACACGACCGGGGACUCCAAAGCAUCAGACAAAGAGGUGAAGCAUCGGAAAUAACAGCACUGCCUCCCCCGGUGCCAGCUUUCCCUGGGCACCAGCAAUGGCUCCAGGGGGAAGGAUGACCCAGUGCACUGUUUUCUAAACUGCUGACUUUGAACGUGUGAGGAAACUCGUAAAGCAAACAAAGAAAAGACAGGAAAAAAGAAGACUUAAAGAAUUUAAGAAGAAAACAGUGCUAAUGAACGUAAUGAGAUUGAGAGAAGCCAGGCUGAUGGCUUUGGGGUUUUGCCUUUUUUUUGUUGUUGUUUUGUUUUGUUUUGGGUUUUGGGUUUUUUUUUGUUACAUGGAUGGAGGAACCCAAGUCAUGUGCAAUUUGAUUUUAUUUUGCUUUUAAAGAAAUCCAUAGUGAAAUCCUUCUGUGCUCGAGGAAUUUGUUCCAAAUGAAAAACUGAGAGGAAAGAGCAAAAGCCUCAUCAGUGCAAGACCCAGAGCAGGAGGAGCAGGAGCAGCCGAGGGCAGGGGAACGGAACCCUGGCUCUACCUGGAUUUAUGUGCUGGUUUUGAGGCAAACACACAGGAAACCUUCCCAUUUCCCCACCCAUAGCCCAGCCCUGAUGCCAGGCCAAGGAAAAUUGCUGGCAGAACUGCUGUGGAUUUAAAGCAGAUCCAGGCUUUGUUUACAGCUUCAAACUGAGACUCACUGUGGAUUUUCCUGUGGACUGAGGAGCCCCAAGCCACGAGGCAGGAACAACCACACAGCCAAUGAGUCCCAGGGCAGGACUGAGGGGAGUCCCCCUGACUGCUGCCCUCCUGGCUGGGGAUAAGGCAGGUGAAGUUAAACCCAGGACUAAAUAAAACUCCACAAGCUACAGAUAAUAGCAUACAAGUUUCUAAAAUUAGAUAUAAUAAUAGUAAAUAAAGCACAAGGAGCAGAACUUGAACUAGGCCAAACUGAACUGCCAAAUCUGUAUAUAUUUAUUUAUGUGUAAUUAAAAUCUGAAAGUUUUAAAAUGUCCAGUGCAAGUUAUUUAUAUCAAAUUGAGUUGAGUUUUUUGUUUUGCCUUUUUUGUUUGUUUGUUUUGGGUUGGGUUUUUUUUCUUUUGAAAGAUGAAAAUCUUUGGAUUUUUUGCCAUUAGAAAUGGGAAUGAAGUUUUGGAUCCACCAAACUGUAGCAUGGACAAGCUAGGCUGUGAUGAUGAUAACUCUAGAAGUUCUGCAGGAUUUUGUACUUGCUGUUGUAUCUCUUAAUGCUGCAAUAGAUGUACAACACCCACACUACAAUGUCAUUCUCAUUCUCUUAAUAAACCUCUUUUUAUUUGAAGAAAGCAC